CUCGGUAUAGUAUGUGCAGUUUGGCUAAGAAGGAACAUACUCAUCGUAUCUAGAUAUUCGUACAUCGUGAAUUGUGAGAUGCUCGAGGUAUUGUUGAUGCAUGCGACAAUUUUGUUCAAAGUUGCACAAAAGUACUGAUGUGGAUGGCCAACGUGUUCAAACAAUAUGGAUUCAAUUAACUGUCGAAGGGGCCCUAGCAAAAGGUUAAAUUUGUAAUUUCGUCGACGAGGACUCUACCUUUGCGAUGAUCAAACGCAUAAAGCUGGAACCAGAAGCAAUGUUGUCACAAGAGGAUGAUAUCAUGGCGCAGCUGCAACAAGACAGCUCCGACUUGGAGGUUGAACCUAGUUUCUCAUUAGAAGGGGCCACAAAUGACGACGAGGAAUGCAUUGUGGCGAUAUUAAUGCAACACAUGGAAAUCAGGGAACCUUUGUCUACAUUACGAAGUCUGUUGGAAUCAAAGUUGCAAAUUGAUUUGUCAGAUUAUUCGUUCUGGUUACAAGAUGCACAGAUGCUGGAGAGUGACAAAACUUUGGCUGCUCAAUGUAUCGAGGGACAAGGAGUGGUUCAAGUUAGUGUACAAAUAAAGAUUACAAAAGAUAACGAAAGACGUAUCAACAUAGUGGAUGUCCUGAAGCCGGCGGAAAAUUAUAUCGAACUUGAGGAAGCCAGUCCACCGUUGCCUACCAAAAAGAAGAAGCGGCAUAUUAUGAGAUGGAUGGUAGAUCCAUAUUAUAAAAAAGAACAGGAUCGUUUAAAAAUACCAGCUGAUCCAAGAGAUUGGUCGGAAGCACACGUCAAACACUGGCUGCAAUGGGCUGUUAGGCAAUUUAACUUGGUACAUCUACAUCUGACUGACUGGAACAUAACCGGAGAGCAACUGUGUGAUCUCACCCUGAAAGAUUUCCAAGCAAAAGUGCCUCAUGACCCAGGAGAUGUGUUCUGGACGCAUUUAGAACUUCUCAAGAAGUGCAAGUUUGUCGCUGUAAUGCAAAAAGAUAUGCCAAACGAUGAGAGCGAUAUGGAGAAACCGAUGAAGGUGCGGAGUCCGAAGGCGGCGAAAUCACGAUCGGCGGUGGACCAACAGGCGCAUGUAGUUGGUAUGCCGCUGGAUAAUGCCGACUCCACCACGUUCGCUUUAGCCACGUCCAAUCGAUCAGUUAACAAUGGCCAGAUCCAAUUGUGGCAGUUUUUGUUAGAAUUACUAACGGACAAAGAGCACAGGGACGCGAUUCAGUGGGUCGGGACCGAGGGGGAAUUUAAACUUAAUCAGCCGGAAGCGGUCGCGCAAUUGUGGGGAGCACGCAAAAACAAACCGUCGAUGAAUUAUGAGAAACUGAGUAGAGCGCUCCGGUAUUAUUACGACGGCGACAUGAUCUCCAAAGUUCACGGUAAACGGUUCGUUUACAAAUUCGUUUGUGAUUUGAAGCAGUUGCUAGGCUACUCGGCCGCGGAGCUCAGCAGACUCGUCGAGGAAGAAAGAAGGUAUACUUGAUAAGGUCGUACUCUUCCGUAUAUUUAUAUAUACAAAUAUAAAAAAUUGUUAUUAAUAAAAUAGCUCUCUCAAUAUUUUACUUAACAUAGGAACUUGAGCGAUUAAGUGACUGUAGCAUACAUUUCUCAAAAAUAUUUUAUUUCAUAUAAUAGCCGAGAGAAGGAAAUAGCAAAUUGGAUGGAAAAUUGUAAAUAUGACGCAACGCGGAAACUCAUACAGCGAAGUAGUUACUUCUGGAGUAACUUUGCACCGAUCGAGUGUCGCGUCGCAUUCCUCCGUUAUCAGCGAGCUUGAAUAAACAAUUGAACGGACUAUUCCAAAAGAGUGACGUAUCACACACGCUUAACGCUUGAAUGCAUGAAUUAAACAUGACGAUAUGUAUAUCGCGAUACAUCGUGUAGAUAUACCUUAACAUGAAUUAGUAAAAUUUACCUUGUUGAAUACGGUAACACACGCAAAUCCAAUUGUGCGAGCGUCUCGAGGGAAAACGCAGAAGUGACUACUUCACAUCGAUUACGGAUCAUGAGAGACUAGAUACGAGCAUGCGUGCGUGUAAAGUAUAAAAAGACAGCCGAUACUUUGUUUCUAAGACGGACAGGUGUUUCCUCACUUUCCUCGUAUGUAUACAUACGGUAUAGUAUACGUGUAAAUAUAAGUACAUGCGUUUGUACAUAAAAGUGUUUCCAAUAGGUUUGUCUACGAUCGCGGUCUUUCGGGCGACGCGUUGUUGAACUAUUUCUCCGGAUCGCCGUUGUUACGCGAGGUCGUCAAUUUCGCGCAGCGUUGCAUUGUACAAUGAUAUAGAUGUAUAAUCGAGAGAGAAAACCGUUAAAUUUAUACGGGGAUACUCGGUCGCAACAAUCUCGUAUAUUUUUGUAGAAGCGUAUGUUGAAAACAUGCAGAAUUCUCGAGAUAUAUACCAGGGGGGGGGGGAGGAGUAUCUAAAUAUUUUGUAAGAUAAGCUUUGAUAUGACGAUAACGUUGUAACAUAAAGCAUUUAAAUAAAUGACACAUAUCGUGUGUUGUGUUGCAAAA